GGUACGAUGCAAGCCAACAGCGACGGGCAGCAGCCAUGGAUAGCAGCAAACUGAAGGAAUGGCAGAACACUGGCAAUGUCCGGGUUUGACCUCAGCACAACAAACAACAAGGAAACGCAGGGCAAGCUGCCCGACCUGUCGUAUCACAAAUCCAGUGCUGCUGCCGGCCCCCCACACGUGCACACGUAGUUCUUCUUGCAAACUUCCUUGCCAUUUAACCUGCGACCCACCACCAACGCUGAACCCGCCUUGCAAGUGGCGCAUUCGCCUGGCUCGCCUCGCAUGGACCGCCCCCACCGGACCGCAAGUUCCAUUUGACGCUUCAUCGUGUACUUGGACAAUGAAGUUUCGCUUCCGUUAUUCAUUCACCUGCGUUAUUGCCCCCAACUGACAUACUCUGGACUUCAAUGUCGUCUAGCAAUUCCAGCUUUGAGCACGCACGCACGCUAACCUCCACGCACCUCCUAGCCAGCCAAUCUUCAAAUGUACCUGCGAGCAGAGAAGGCACACCUCCUUGUUCAUCGUAGGGGGCGGCCGCCCCUGUGGCGCCGUCCCAGGUACCGUACUUCCACGCGGAGCAUCCCCAGCCACGCAUGACGUUGUCCCUAAACCACUCAACGAUCUCCGUUACGUCGCACGAGACCUGCAUCGGACGUACUAGUGUGCAGCCACCCCAACAAGUUUCCCAUGGUUCGGCACCUUCGCCCUGGUUCAGCAGACUUGCGGCAUCCCCAUGGGCAUCUCCGCCGCCCCCUUCAUUGCCAACCUCUUCCUUGCGUGGUAUGAGUACCGCUUCAUGACGCAGCCCACCACCACGGCGCGGCAGAAAGAAGUGGUGCGCGCGUUCAGCCUCACCAAGCGGUACCUGGAUGACCUGCUGGCCCUCAACAACCGCUUUAUCAGCCGCCUCCUCAGCGUGGACCAGCGCUACGCCGGCAUGCAUGGGCUGUACCCAACGUCUCUGCAGGUGGAACCGCAGUCGCACCCCCACCUGCAAACGCAGAUACCCGCCGGCACCACCGCGAUGCCCUUCCUGGACAUUUUGCUCAUUUUACGCACCACGCCUAGUGGCGACGCCCGGAUCACCACACGCUUGUACGACAAACGGGUGCAGCCCGUGUUUGAUGGAGUGCGCCUGUCUCGGUUUAUUGGGGCUGAUAGCAACGUCAAUGAGGCCAGCAAACGCAAUAUCUUCACCGGCCAGUUCCACCGGCUGCGGCGUGUCGUCAUGGAAGUGGAGAAUUUUGUGUUCGAAUCCGCCAACCUCAUUGCCGCCCUGACGCAGAUGGGCUACUCGCGGGCCCGCCUGAUACGGGACUGCGCGCGGGUACUGGAGGCCACACCACAGGCCUACUAUAUCCAACGACGGCAGCGCCAACACCCUGAGUACGCGGACCUCGUGGGCUUGAUCCGCCAGUACCUGGCACGGCGCCGCCACUUCGACAGCACAGCCGUCCCACUCGAGUUAACGCAGACGCAUCACUGGUGACACUUGCAGCUUUUCCUUACGCGUUCACUGUAUAUAUUGGUUUUCUGGUUUUUUUUUUGGGUUUUUUGGUCUAUUGC